CCCCUCUGCGCGCCCCCCGGCCCCCGCCGGCUCGCAGGAGGAGGGCAGGCCGUUCUGUUCCCCCGCACCCCUCCCCGCGCCGGCGGCUCUGGGGCCCUGGUGGGGAGCAGGGGGCCCCCGAUUAGCCGAGGAGCAGGGGUGUGGCCAGCGGGCCCCGGGUAGCGAGUGAGUCACACGCGCUGCUCGCUCGCCCAGUCCUGGGGCCCAGCGCCCGAGAGAGCUGCGCGCUGGCCCGGCCCGAAGAGUGUCCCCGCGCUUGGCAUGAGGACCCUGGGGUGCCGAGGGAAGGGGCUGCCCAGCCUGGCGCGGUUGGUGGAGGAGGGCGGACAGAAUGACUGAGAACAUGAAGGAAUGCUUGGCGCAGACCAAGGCGGCCGUGGGGGACAUGGUGACAGUGGUGAAGACAGAGGUGUGCUCCCCGCUCCGGGAUCAGGAGUAUGGCCAGCCCUGCACCAGGAGACCAGAUUCCUCGGCCAUGGAAGUAGAGCCCAAGAAGUUGAAGGGGAAACGUGACCUCCUCAUGCCCAAAAGCUUCCAACAAGUGGACUUCUGGUUCUGCGAGUCCUGCCAGGAGUACUUUGUGGAUGAGUGCCCAAACCAUGGGCCCCCAGUGUUUGUGACCGACACGCCUGUGCCCGUGGGCAUCCCAGACCGGGCAGCCCUCACCCUCCCGCAGGGAAUGGAGGUGGUGAGGGAGGCCAGCGGGGAGAGUGAUGUGCGUUGCAUCAAUGAGGUCAUCCCCAAAGGCCACAUUUUUGGCCCCUACGAAGGGCAGCUUUCCACGCAGGACAAGUCGACUGGUUUCUUCUCAUGGCUGAUCGUGGACAAGAACAACCGCUACAAGUCCAUAGAUGGGUCGGAUGAGACGAAAGCCAACUGGAUGAGGUACGUGGUCAUCUCACGAGAGGAGAGGGAGCAGAACCUGCUGGCCUUCCAGCACAGCGAGCACAUCUACUUCCGCACGUGCAGGGACAUCCGGCCUGGGGAGUGGCUGCGGGUGUGGUACAGUGAGGACUACAUGAAGCGCCUGCACAGCAUGUCCCAGGAGACCAUCCAUCGCAACCUGGCCAGAGGAGAGAAGCGGUUGCAGAGGGAGAAGGCUGAGCAGGCUCUGGAUAACCCGGAAGACCUGCGGUGCCCCCUCCAACUCCCCGUGUUGAGACAGGGCAAGAGUCCCUACAAGCGCAGCUUUGAUGAGGGGGACUCACACCCCCAGACCAAGAAGAAGAAGAUUGACCUUAUCUUCAAGGAUGUACUGGAGGCCUCACUGGAGUCAGCAAAAGCAGAAGCCCGCCAGCUGGCCCUGAGCACGUCACUGGUUAUCAGGAAGGUCCCCAAGUAUCAGGAUGACACCUAUAGCCACUGUGCCAUGCCUGUGGCCCAUGGCCUACAGAAUGUUAGCCGGACUCAAGGGGAUGCGUCUUGGAAGAUGGCUUCAGGGGCUACCCAGGAGCCAGGCUCAAUAGAGGAUGAGGAAGAGGAGCCUUCGUCUUUUAAGGCUGACAGUCCUGCUGAGGCCUCACUGGCCUCCGAUCCCCAUGAACUGCCCACCACCUCUUUUUGCCCCAACUGUAUUCGCCUCAAGAAGAAGGUCCGAGAACUCCAGGCAGAACUGGACAUGCUUAAGUCUGGGAAGCUCCCGGAACCCCCCAUUCUGCCUGCACAGGUACUGGAGCUCCCCGGGUUCUCAGACCCUGCAGCCUCAGAGAGCUUGGUCUCUGGCCCCGUCCUCAUGGAAGACGACGACCAAGAGGUGGACUCAGCUGAUGAAUCCGUCUCCAACGACAUGAUGACAGCGACUGACGAGCCUUCCAAGAUGUCCUCGGCCACUGGGCGCCGGAUCCGGCGCUUCAAACAAGAGUGGCUGAAGAAGUUCUGGUUCCUGCGCUACUCGCCCACCCUCAACGAGAUGUGGUGCCACGUGUGCCGCCAGUACACGGUGCAGUCCUCACGCACAUCGGCUUUUAUCAUUGGCUCCAAGCAAUUUAAGAUCCACACCAUCAAGCUGCACAGCCAGAGCAAUCUGCACAAGAAGUGUCUGCAGCUCUACAAGCUACGCAUGCACCCAGAGAAGACGGAGGAGAUGUGUCGCAACAUGACCUUGCUCUUCAACACCGCCUACCACUUGGCAUUUGAGGGCCGGCCCUACCUGGACUUCCGACCGCUGGCUGAGCUGCUGAGGAAGUGUGAGCUCAAGGUGGUGGACCAGUACAUGAACGAGGGGGACUGUCAGAUCCUCAUCCACCACAUUGCCCGGGCCCUGAGGGAGGACCUGGUAGAGCGGCUCCGCCAGUCUCCCUGCCUCAGCAUCAUCCUGGAUGGCCAGAGCGAUGACCUGCUAGCUGACACGGUGGCUGUCUAUGUUCAGUACACCAGCAGCGAUGGACCACCAGCCACAGAGUUCCUGUCACUGCAGGAGCUGGGUUUCUCCAGCACUGAGAGCUACCUGCAAGCACUUGAUCGGGCCUUUACUGCCUUGGGCAUCCGGCUGCAGGAUGAGAAGCCUACAGUGGGCUUGGGUGUGGAUGGGGCCCAUGUCACAGCCAGCUUACGUGCCAGCAUGUUCAUGACCAUCCGCAAGACGCUGCCUUGGCUUCUAUGCCUGCCCUUCAUGGUGCACCGGCCCCAUCUGGAGGUUUUAGACGCCAUCAGUGGGAAAGAGCUUCCUUGCCUGGAGGAACUAGAGAACAACCUCAAGCAGCUGCUCAGCUUCUACCGCUACUCACCGCGCCUCAUGGGUGAGCUGCGUGCCACGGCCUCGACGCUCUGCGAGGAGACGGAGUUUCUGGGUGACAUCCGGGCUGUGAGAUGGAUCAUCGGUGAGCAGAAUGUGCUCAACGCCCUCAUCAAGGACUAUCUGGAGGUGGUGGCACACCUCAAGGAUGUUAGCAGCCAAACGCAGCGGGCGGAUGCCUCGGCCAUCGCACUGGCCCUGCUGCAGUUCCUCAUGGACUACCAGUCAGUGAAACUCAUCUACUUUCUCCUGGAUGUGAUCGCUGUGCUGUCGCGCCUGGCCUAUGUCUUUCAGGGUGAGUACCUCCUAGUGUCUCAGGUGGAUGACAAGAUCGAGGAAUCUAUCCAGGAGAUCAGCCGACUGGCUGACUCUCCGGGGGAGUACCUGCAAGAAUUUGAGGAGAACUUCCGAGAGAACUUUAAUGGGAUCGCCAUGAAGAACCUCCGAGUAGCCGAAGCCAAGUUUCAGUCCAUCCGGGAGAAGAUCUGUCAGAAGACUCAGGUGAUCCUGGCUCAGAGGUUCGACUCCCGCAGUCGGAUCUUUGUGAAGGCCUGCCAGGUGUUCGACCUGGCCACCUGGCCCCGGAGCAGCGAGGAGCUUGUGAGCUAUGGCAAAGAAGAUAUGGUUCAGAUCUUUGACCACUUGGAGGCCAUCCCCACCUUCUCCCGGGAUGUGUGCCGGGAGGGCCUGGAUCCCCGGGGGAACCUGCUGAUGGAGUGGCGGGAACUGAAGGCCGAUUACUACACCAAGAAUGGCUUCAAAGACCUCAUCGGCCAUGUGGGCAAGUACAAGCAGCGGUUUCCACUCUUGAACAAGAUCAUUCAGGUUCUGAAAGUCCUGCCUACGUCCACAGCAUGCUGCGAAAAGGGCCGCAAUGCCCUGCAACGGGUGCGCAAGAACCACCGCUCACGGCUGACCCUGGAGCAGCUCAGUGACCUGCUCACCAUUGCCGUGAAUGGGCCGCCCAUUGCCAACUUUGAUGCCAAGCGGGCCCUGGACAGCUGGUUCGAGGAGAAAUCGGGCAACAGCUACACACUGUCAGCGGAAGUACUCAGCCGGAUGUCAGUGCUGGAGCAGAAGCCAGUGCUGCAUGCUGUGGACCAUGGGCCGGAGUUCUACGCAGACAUGUAGGGAGCUGGCAAGGCAGAGUUCACUAAGCUGUUGAAUAUUUUUUUAAUCUCUCUACGCAUAAGCUUUGAUAUAUUAUAUAAAUAUAUAUUAUAUUAUAUUAUAUAUAUAUAUA